AUGGAACGUAAAAAGACCCCGGGCCCGUGCAGGUUCGUACGGGACUGCCCCGCAUCCGGUCUGGGGGCCCAGCAGCGGGCUUGGGCGUACCUGCAGGCACGCGGCCAUCGAAUCCUGGCCGCCGGCGACGCGCGCGAGGAUUCCGCCACGAAGAGGUACACCACCUUCCCCGACGUGGCGGCGCUGCAGGAGUACGACGAUCACCUGGCGGAGUUCCGGGUGGAGCGCAGCAUGUACGAGGUGCUAUACCCGGAGCUGCCCACCCGCCUCUACUUCGACAUCGAGUACUCGGUCGCCCAGCGUGAUGACAACGGCUUCGCGGAGCGACUCUCUCGCUUCGCUGAGCUCCGGGCGGCCUUCUGUGCCGAGGUUCUGGGCGUGGCGGCCUCGGACCUGACUUUUCAGACCAGCACGGCACAUGGGGAAUCUAAGGGCGAGUACAAGCACAGCAUGCACGAGGUGCUGGAGGGCUUCUAUGUAACCAACCAGGAAGAGCGCCGCCUAUUCAAGGAGUGCUUCGAGAGCUUCCUCCAGGACCCCCCCUCCAGCGAGCUCGCAGAGAGCGUCGCGUUCCUGGACUGCGAGCGUAACGGGAAGACCGAGCGGAUCUGGGACAGCGGGGUGUACACCAAGUUUCGCUGCUUCCGCAUGCUGGGUUCCUGCAAGAAGGGCUCCGGCAGGCCGCUCGUCCCUGCCAAAGGGAGCUCGCCCAAGCUGCGCGAUCACCUGGUUGGCGUCUACGACGAACGACAGCGGAAGGGCUUGCAGAAGAUUGACAUGGGAACCGCUCGCGCAUUCCUGGCAGUCAAGGCUCAGCCAGGCUCUGAGCGAUGA